CAUGGUAGCACACAUUAAGUUUUCACGAGAAAAUAAUAAUUUAUUUUUAACGAUGAAGUUCAUUCUUUCCUUUGCACUUGUCGGGAUCCUCCAUGCCGUUGGGCGGGUGGAGUCCCACGGCUACAUGAAGGAUCCCAUUGCGCGGACGUCCAUCCAACUGAGGCCAGAGUUCGGGACGAAUCAGCCCUACUGGUGGGACAAUACGGGCGUCUGGUGCGGCAAUGUGAACCAAGACAUGCAGUAUUCCAGCUGUGGGAGGUGUGGCGACGCGCCGGGGGAAUCGACGGCGAACCAGGGCGGGAUUUAUGACAAGGGCGUCAUCGUCAGGAAUUAUACUAGUGGAUCGAUAAUUGAAGUCGUCGGGAACUUUGAUGCCCCACAUUACGGCUCCUAUGAGGUUGAGCUUUGCCCAAAUCAACAGGAAACUGAUAACUGUUUUUAUAAGUUGCCUAUCGUCGGAGGUUCUGAAGAGGUUCGAAUCGAUGACCGGAUGUGCGUCCCACACUUCGUGGGUACUGUCGAGGUCACCGCUCGGGUUCAACUCCCCGCCGGGGUGACUUGCAACAGAUGCACGAUUCGAUGGACGUAUCGAACUUCAUACCCUGGACCGGCGGAUUGGGAAAGCUGUUUGAACCGAGAGCCAGCCCAGACGUUCAGAAACUGUGCGGAUGUCGCGAUUCAUUAAAUUUGACGUGAAAAUGUAUACAUGUAUUUAUUCAGAAAUUUUAUCCAAUUGCAACAAAUUUUUAGUAGAGUGUUGACCGAAUCAAGUUAAACGAAUUUCAAUAAAUUAUUUAUA